CUGCAUCAUUUCCAUGACGAUCUACUAUCCCGACUUUUAAAGUUUACAUUUACAAAGGUGCUUUUUAAAUUAAUCAUGAGUAUAUUUCGUCCCAUUUUAAUUCAAAUAAGCCUGACAAUUUCAUAUUUUCAAUAUUCUUCGACACUUUCUUUUUAUCCUCUUUAAACCUGUUUUCCAUACACCUGCUGCCAUCAUUAUAUGGCAACGUCGUGAGCUCUUGAUUACAUCGUCAAAGUGGUUAGCAGAAAGGCGUGUCCACGUCCACAUCGGACAUUUAUGAAAGUUUCUGUCGUAUGUUCACAACUAGUGUUAGAUAAUCAUCCCCUACUAGGGGGACGUGGUUGGCAGCGGGCGUGUUCUUUGACAGUUCGUCCCGGACUUCCAGCUGCAGGCUAGCUGCGGUUAGCAUCCGGUUAGCUUCGCCGCACAGCUGGGCUCAUCUGGACGGGGAAGGUUAGGGCGUUUUGCUCCGAGGAGCUGCAUGGAUGAGCUGGUGAGAAGUUUGCCCUCCCCGAAUCUCCCGGGGAUGCAGCUGCCGCGUCUGGACACGCACAAGGGCUGGCUGUUUAAAUGGACCAACUACUUGAAGGGAUACCAGAGGCGAUGGUUCGUCCUCAGCAACGGCCUGCUCUCCUAUUACAGAACCCAGGCAGAGAUGGGCCACACCUGCAGAGGAACCAUUCCCCUGGCGGCUGCUCAAAUCGAGCUGGGCGACGCGUGCCACUUGCUGAUAACCAACGGAGGGCGAAGCUAUCACCUGAAGGCCACCUCUGAAGCAGAGUGUCAGCACUGGUUAUCCACCCUGCAGCAGGCCAAAAUCAACGCCAACGCUCUCAUACAUCACUCUGAUGACUCAGGAGAUGAAGAAAGUCCUGGCCCGCAUGACGCUCGAGUCCUAAACCAAGGCGCGUUGAAGACAUUGGCCAGUAAGCUGGAUGAUCUAAGCACCUGUAAUGAGCUGAUCGGAAAGCAUGGCGCCGCCCUUCAGCGUUCCCUCGGCGAAUUUGAGGAUCCCCGCGGGUGCGUCAACGGCGCAGACAAACUGAAGACGGUUAACGAGCGAGCCGCCCUCUUCCGCAUCACCUCCAAUGCUAUGAUCAAUGCUUGUCGUGACUUUGUGGAUGUAGCGCAGUCUCAAAAUAGGAGGUGGCAGAAAACCCUGCAGCAUGAGCAAGAGCAGCGUCACUAUCUGGAGACCACCAUUGAGCAGCUAGCCAAACAGCACAACAGCCUGGAGACGGCCUGGAGGGAGAAGCCCACCUCGUACACAGGUGUGCAGAGAUCGUGCGAGGUGGACGGGAGUGACGAGAAUGAUGAAUUCUUCGACGCCAUGGAGGACGCGCCUUCAUUCAUAACGGUGAACGCGGAAACCAAACACAGGCGCUCAGGGAGUAGUCAGAGUAUGAUGAGUGGUGGAGUCCCCAGUGACUGGACCUUAAAUGAGAAUGUAGGUGGCUUACUUCUUCUUCGGCACACGGAAACAAACAAAUUGCAGCCUCUUACCAUUUUUUUUCAGGACACCUCAGACUCGAACCACAUGCAGCUACGCAGAACAAGACGCAGCCGUAUUCCAGACAAACCGAAUUACUCCCUCAACCUUUGGAGCAUCAUGAAGAACUGUAUCGGCAAAGACUUAUCAAAGAUACCCAUGCCUGUCAACUUCAACGAGCCGCUCUCGAUGCUGCAGCGUCUGACCGAGGAUGUGGAGUACAGCGAGCUCCUGGACCGGGCGGCUCGCUGCGGCGACUCCUUGGAGCAGAUGUGCCUGGUGUCCGCCUUCUCCGUCUCCUCCUACUCCACCACCACCUAUCGCACAUCCAAACCCUUCAACCCUCUACUUGGGGAGACCUACGAGCUUGACCGGCUGCAGGAAUACGGCUACCGCUCCAUCUGUGAGCAGGUGAGUCAUCACCCACCAGCUGCUGCCCACCACGUGACCUCACAGCGAGGAUGGACCCUAUGGCAACACAUCACUAUUGACAGCAAGUUCCGUGGGAAGUACAUCUCUGUCGUGCCACUCGGGAAGAUUCACUUGCAGUUCCACUCAAGCGGGAACCACUACGUGUGGAGCAAAGUGACCUCAACAGUUCACAAUAUCAUUGUGGGGAAACUCUGGAUUGAUCAGUCAGGUGACAUUGACGUUGUAAACAUCACCACCAAGGAUACCUGCCAUCUCAAGUUCUCGCCCUACAGCUACUUCUCCAGAGACGUCCCCCGUAAAGUGACGGGCAUGGUGGAGGACUGUGAGGGCACAUCGCAUUACAUCCUAUCAGGAACGUGGGAUGAAAAGAUGGAAAGUGCCAAAAUAGUGGAUAGCAGUCAAGGAAGCGGUGGCUCAGAAGGCAAACAAAAAACUGUUUAUCAGACUCUUCAGCCAAAGCUGCUGUGGAAGAAAUACCCUCUCCCGGACAAUGCCGAGAACAUGCAUUAUUUCUCCGCCUUGGCUUUGACUCUGAAUGAGCCAGAGGAGGGGGUCGCGCCCACCGACAGCCGCAUGCGUCCGGACCAGCGGCUGAUGGAGGCCGGCUUGUGGGAUGAAGCCAACACGCAGAAGCAGCGUCUGGAGGAGUGUCAGAGGCUAGAGAGGAAGAGGAGAGAGGUCCAAAGCAUGCAGGGCAUCGAGGAAGGGCAAGAAGUGGAAGUGUACCAGCCGCUUUGGUUCGAGAAGAGAACAGAUGAAACAACAAGAGAAAGCAGCUACAUCUACAGGGGAGGCUACUGGGAGGCCAAAGAGAGGCAGGACUGGAGCAUGUGCCCCGAAAUCUUUUAGCGCAAAUGGAAGCUGUCACUUAGACAUCAUGGGCUCCUGUCUACGGUCAGAUCAUAUCUGGCCCAAAACAGGUUUGUUGUUCUCAAACCUGGGAAGACACACUUAUUGAUGCUUGCUUCUUUUGACAAGGGACUUCAGGCCUUUAAUGGACCCUGCUUCGUUUCCAUUGUUACAUUCUGGUGCUGCCUGAAUGGGACUAAGCUGCUUGGCAAGUAAAUGCUUUGGAAACGAUAUUAGCUAUUGCUAGGUUGUAAAUUCAUUUUACUUUUCCAUUUUAAAACUGAAUGAACGAGUAAAAUGACAUCAUCAUUGUUCCUGGAGAACAGUUAUCAUCCAUCUUGAGAUGUAUACAAUAUAAUUUUUAAAUACAGUAGACGAUAAAGUGAAAGGGAAAUGCACCUUUAAUGAAAUUAUGCAUAUAUGUAUAAUUGAUUGAGUCUAGAAAAUUUGGAGUUAGACAGCAACAAAUGGGGGCCUUGUUGGACCUAUUAGAAAUGAUAGUUAUAGCACUGGUUUCACUCUUGUAAUUACUGUUUAGAGUUGUCUGCAAUAAGUUAACUGCCCUGUUACUUGAGAAAAAAACUCAGGCAGAUUAGCAAAUUGUGUUUUAUAAUGCACAAAAACAUAAUUUAUUCCGAAUGCUAAUUUAUCCAUAAAAAAUCCUAUUGCAUUAAGAAACUAAAUGGGCUAGAAAAGCAACACAAAUACUGAAGGCUUCAUGCGCAGCUCCGCUCUAGUAAGGACGAUUAAAAAUAAUAAUAAUACGAAUAAUCUGUUUGUUGUACAAAUAUGAGUCACUGGUUGACUUUUGCCUGUCUAUAGGAAACAUAGUAGAAGUAGAAACAUGUCAUUCAGAUUUACUGUAAAAAUUUCCAUAUUUACUUGAAUAUCCCUAACAUGGCUGUAAACAAAUUAUAAUGUAAAUAUCAUAUGUCAGGUUAGAUUAUAAUCUAAACCAUAUGAAUAUUUAUUCAUAUAACUUUUUAGUUCAGAUAAAGCACAACAGUGAAGUUUACCUGCAAGUUACCCAAAUAUCAAGCUUUUGACACUACGUGGACUGUACCAAUGGAUGUUUUAUUAGGGGGGUUUUAGAUUUGAGCACCUGUUUAAAAAGUGUGAAUAUCUUUCACCCAACUCUGAGUGGACCAUUAAUGGAACAUGUGAACUCACCAUUUGUGCCCGACGACCUUCAAAAUGUUACCCUUUUUUUUUUUCUUCAAUAAAAACACAAAGCUAUCGCUGAGACG